AUGGCGGCGACGAAGCGCCUGGACCAGAAGGUGCUGAACCAGAUCGUGCUGCGCGGCGGCGCGCCCGUGCGCAUCGCGCGCCUCGACGCGGCGGUCUGGGCGUCGUCGAACGCGGCGCCGCCGCCGCUCGGGGAGCUGCUCCUGCAUCACGCGAACUUCACGCUCGACGUCGAGCGGCGGCCGAGCUCGGAUCCGGCGCCGAAGCUCGCCCAGCUCGAGCUUGUGCGUGGUCUACGGGUGCGUGCUGAUGCUGGAGAUUCGGACGCGGUCGCCGAGUGGGACGCGUGGAUCUCGCGGAUUCGGUCUGAUGCGAGCCUCGACCGCUACCGCGCGCGCCACUUCCCCGCGGCGGAGCGGGACGCGUGGGCGAGGCUAAACUAG